UGUAUUGUGGAGAAGCCUCGCGACACUCGUAACACACGUCCAGCUACUCGACGCGCACGGUGUUAGCUAUUGUAGGAACUCCGAACGGUUCUGUUGGGAUCUUUUUGUCGUCGGUCCGGGGGAAUACUUGUGUCUGGGAUAUCUGCCGUCGCCCGAGGCUUCUCUCUCAGGUCCAUGGUGUGAAACUCCGCGAACACUGGAGGAGAGAAGUAAAAGAUGACGCAGUUUCUCCCACCGAACCUGUUGGCCUUGUUUGCGCCGCGGGACCCCAUCCCCUUCCUACCUCAGCUGGAGAAAUUGCCCCAUGAAAAGCACCACAACCAGCCCUACUGUGGGAUCGCUCCUUUCAUACGACACUUCGAGGAUCCAAGGGAUGCCCCUCCGCCGACCAGAGCAGAGACCCGUGAUGAGCGUCUGGAGAGAAAGAGGCGAGAGAAAAUCGAGAGACGUCAAACAGUGUUGGAGACAGAACUGAAGCUCUGGGACCCUCAUAAUGACCAGAAUGCACAAGGAGAUGCUUUCAAGACCUUGUUUGUUGCCCGAAUUAACUAUGAUACUACAGAGUCCAAGCUUCGGCGUGAGUUUGAGGUCUAUGGCCCCAUCAAACGGAUUUAUAUCGUCUACAACAAGAGGACGGGGAAGCCUCGUGGCUAUGCUUUUAUCGAGUACGAGCAUGAACGAGACAUGCACUCUGCCUACAAGCAUGCGGACGGGAAGAAGAUUGACGGCAGAAGAGUGUUGGUGGACGUAGAACGGGGACGCACCGUCAAAGGAUGGCGUCCUCGAAGGCUAGGAGGAGGACUGGGAGGCACACGGAGAGGAGGAGCCGACGUCAACAUCAAGCACUCGGGCAGAGACGAUGCGUCGCGUUAUGAUGAUCGGGCCCUGGGCGGCGACCGCCCAGAGCGAAGAGAGCGCAGCCGGGACCGCGAUCGCGACAAGGAGAGAGAACGCCGCAGGUCCCGGUCCCGUGAAAGGCGCCGACACACCCGGUCCAGGGAGCGGGAGAGGGAGAGAGAGAGGGGGGUUGUAGUGCCAGAGGAGGGCGGCGGCGGCAGUAGUAGCCGGCGUCGGGACCGGGACCGAGAACGCGGGGCGACAGGCGGAGGAGACAGCAGGAGUAGGGAGAGAAGUAGAGACCGGAAGAGGAGGAGCAGGAGCAGGGAUCGCAAGAGAGACAGGGAGAGAGGCAAAGGCCUGGAUGGAGAGGAGAUGGGCCAGGGCGACGGCGCCCCUGAGGGCGGGGAGCGCGUGCCAGACGAGCACGAGGGAGAGGGGGCCGAACCCACAGAGGAGCGCAAAGACAGGGACAAAGAUAGGGACAGGGACAGAAGGCGGAGCCACAGGGACAGAGACAGGCGUAGGGAGCGGGACCGGGACAGGGACAGGGAGCACAAGAGGGAGCGUGGGGAGAGAGACCGGGGGGAGCGGAGAGAAGAUCGCCACGGCCCCACACGAGAAGAAACGGCCCCCCAAGACAGCAUGGGCAACGAGGAAGACGGCGCGCCGGCCAGCAUGGAGGAGUACAGUCAGGACGGCAUGAUGGACCAGCAGUCGCUCCAGUCAGCCGAGGAUUACGGUUCUGGUGAGAACGGCUACAAGGUGGAGGGACAAGGAGAUGAGUAUUGAGCUGCUCCUGCAUCGGAACACUGUCGCCUCUAAAUGAGUUGUUUUCUAGUGUACUUUGACUUGGCCCCCGAUUCUCAGCCCCAGGCCUUCAUCAUUUCAGGGCUUCCUGUAAGUGAACUGUCCGGCUAGCUUUCCUGUCAGUCUGUUGCACGUACCGUCAACACCUUUCAAUCUGAUCUCAUUAAACAGCUCUCCUGCAUUGCCCCACCAAUCUGUGCCACUAAAUGUCAUCAGAGGACCGUCAUGUUCAUUUGUGCGGGGGGUGGGGUGGAUGGGGUCCCGGGUAGUGAUCUUUUCACUAGGUUGGAAAUUUAAAGCAGAAAACCAGGAUCUCAUCUAGUUUGGAUAA